CAUCUGCUGUACCUGUGCCGCUAUGAGGACUCACCGUAGACUGGAGACACCUUGAAGGUGCACUGCAUUCACGAGCACAGCUGGAAAUACAGACUGACUCUAAAAGACCCUCUAUUCAAACUGAAGCUUCUGUUUCUCGUUUUACAACACAUAAUCAUCAUGAGCAGAAAAACACGACGCUGGAUGUUUCACAUUUUUCUUUGUCUCGGAAUAAUCUACUUGAAAAUGGGGGGUUUCUCCACCGUGUUGGCGCUGGGAGCGAGCAUCAUAUGCAACAAGAUCCCCGGACUGGCGCCCCGGCAGCGGAUCAUCUGCCAGAGCCGGCCGGACGCGAUCAUCGUGAUCGGAGAGGGCGCGCAGAUGGGCAUCAACGAGUGCCAGUUUCAGUUCAAGCACGGCCGCUGGAACUGCUCCGCGCUCGGAGAGAGGACCGUCUUCGGAAAAGAGUUGAAAGUGGGCAGUAAAGAGGCUGCUUUCAUGUACGCCAUCAUCGCAGCAGGAGUGGCUCACGCCAUCACAUCGGCCUGUACGCGUGGGAACCUCAGCGAAUGCAGCUGCGACAAAGACAAACAGGGCUUCUACGCUCACGACAAUGGCUGGAAAUGGGGAGGCUGCUCGGCAGACGUCCACUACGGCCUGGGCUUCUCCAAAGUUUUUAUGGAUGCUAAAGAGAUAAAACACAGCGCCAGGACGCUUAUGAACCUGCAUAACAAUGAAGUAGGACGGAAGGUGCUGGAGAGGAACAUGCGUCUGGAGUGUAAAUGUCACGGCGUUUCUGGCUCCUGUGCCACCAGAACCUGCUGGACGACCCUGCCCAAGUUUCGGGAGCUGGGAUACAUCCUCAAAGACAAAUACACCAGCGCUAUUCACGUGGAGCCAGUGAAAGCCACACGCCACAAACGGCCGACCUUUCUCAAGAUCAAAAAACCAUACUCGUACCGCAAGCCCAUGGACACAGACCUGGUGUACAUCGAGAAAUCCCCCAACUACUGCGAAGCGGACCCACGCUCCGGCAGCAUCGGAACUCAGGGGCGUGUUUGCAAUAAGACACUGAUGCACCAUCCCAACGGCUGUGACCUGAUGUGCUGCGGCCGCGGGUACAACACGCACCAGUAUUCACGCGUGUGGCAAUGCAACUGCAAGUUCUUCUGGUGCUGCUACGUCAAAUGCAACACGUGCAGCGAGAGGACAGAGGUGUACACCUGUAAAUAAGCAGCCACCUGUUGGACCUCGUUUAAGCAAAGAUCACCUUUAAAAGACAACCAAGUCUGGUGGCAUUUGCUUUUUUGCACAAGACCUUACUCUAAACGUGCUUUCUUCACUUUAAUGGACGAGCAUCAAAGCUUCACUCUGUAGAAAGAGUUGAUUGUGACGAGGAAGAUGUACUUCAGAAACGUCCUUGCUGAAUCUGGUCUUGUGUCUGCAGGAUCCUGAACCUGUCUGGAUUACCUGCUCUACUCUACUGAUAACAACUACCUGCACCUUGAUUUACCAGUGGACUCUUGAGGCCUGAAACUCAUUGUGAUGAAAAUUAGGGACGCAAUAGAGAUUUUAACAAUUACUCCAACAGAGCACAACAGCGCAGUUUCUGAAGUAAACCCUAUUCAUCUUCUCUGCUGAGUACCUUUGCACACUGAAGUCAGAGAUUUUCAUAUGUGUUUUUUUGUAUUUAUUCAGAGAUUGGCAGUAUGUCAAAGGUAUGGACAGACACACACACACACACAACUAAAUUUUGUUUUGUUAACAAAGUUCAGGAGGAGCAUGUUCAGAUAAUUAAACUGACCAACCACAAGACGAGCACAAUUAAUAAUCAACCAACUCACAGCUGUAAAUGUAGAGCUGACUUACCUCAGUUGUCUGACAGUCAAUAUUUCGAGCUCGGAGCCCAGCAAUAUUCCGAGCUCUUUGACAACAUGCCAAACACACUGAUUCUUUAAGCUGUUUAUUAUAUGUAGGUGAGAACUUUGUGAACUGCAGCAUGGGCAGGGUUAUUUCUAGAAUCUAGAUGAUUACUAUCAUCACUGGUGCCCAUGCACCUGGUGGUGCCCUAGUUGGCCUAGAAACGGUACUGGGCAUGGCAAAGGUAUCAGCAGCAGACAGUAGGCUACAGCAGUGGUUCUCAACUACAAUCUGUCUUUAUAUAUUCAGUCGCUUUGAAUUCUGCCCUUGGGCAUAACGUGCUCUAUGCUAUGAUGUGGCUCUUGAUUUUGGCUUUCACUUGUACCAUGGCUCUGAACUGUCAAAACACCUCUGAAAACACUUGAUAUGGAUGCAAAAAUCGAAAUCAAAUCAAAUUUUGAUAGACAGAAGUUGACACAAUGUGAGGUUGUGUUUAUUUUUUUGAUUGUGUGCAAUGAACUUUACCUUUUAGUCAUUCAGCAGAUGCUUUUAUCUGUAGUGACUCACAUCAAGCAAAUCAUCAUAAAGACACAGUACUCAAAUCAAGCGCUACUAAUAUAAAGUGAAUCAAUUAGUUUGAAAUGUAUAAGCUAUGCUGCAUCCCAAUUCGCCUACCUAUACUACAUUCUGAAAAAUUUCUUCCGUGUUUAACAGAAGAGUAUGCAAGUUUUGGGACAUACUACUUUCUCGCUAUUGGACCGUUUUGUUAAACAUAGGCUCAUUCUGAAAACGUAGCUCUAUAUACAUUAAUGGAGAUUGCGAAUUAUGUAGCCAGAAGUACGUACUGUAUGGCUGCAUUUCUUUUAUAAAUCGAACGAUACGGGGCGGUAUGAUGCUGUUCCUUUUCGCGCUUACCAGCUGGCCUCAAUAUGGAUGGCUUUCCCGCUGUUACCAGUUUGUCUAGUUAGUUCGCCAUGUGCAUUGGCGGACUUGAGAUGCAAAGAGGAGUUGACCACGACAACGGGGUUCGAGUCCGGUGAACAGUUCCAAAAAGCGUGUAAGACAAAAACAGAAGGCAAAAAAUUAAAUAAACAAGUAAAUAACAGGGUGAGAAUGUGGUGAAAGCUGAAAAUGUGGUAAAAAUCAGGCCAGGACUUUUCUUUUUCUGGAUUGCUUUUUAAAACUGUCAGUUGGGUUUAGGGAAGAGGGUGGGCGGGUCAAUCAGUACUUUUAAAAACACUAUUGGUUGGGUUUAGGCAAGAAAGAGGGAGGGUCAAUUGAUCAGUCAGUCAGUCAGUCAAACAGUUAGUUGACAGCAGCCUCUGAUGGAUUUACGAGAGAAGAACCGGUGCGAAUGGCACUCGCAAGAGAAAUUUGAGAUUAUAAAAAAAGUGUGCACAGCGGCCUCAGGUGGAUUUGCGAAAACAAAACCUGCAAAAAAAAAGUACCUUCUGGGACAUAUUUGGCGCUCUCCAGAAAUGUAUAUAGAGGUACAUUUUCAGAAUGAGCCUGUGUUGGUUGUGUUGCUUAGUGGACACAGCACUAGAGUAGGAGAGGAGUAAGAAAAGUAUGUUAUUUUAAGUUAGUUGCUUAUGGAAAAGAUAUGUUUUUGAUUUGUGGAGAGUGUUCCACCAUCGAGGAACAAUAAACAAAGGGUGUUAUCUUUACUGAUAAUGUAAAACCCUAUCUAGACAGACCCACACCGAGCUUUGCUGCCAGGAUCUUACAAUGAACCUUCAGCAACAAUGGAGCAUUUCCAUUCCAAAGCUCCUUUAUUGUGGAAGAAGGUUCUUUAUAUUAUUGAAAUUCUCCAAAAGUUAAAUAUUCUCCUGAGAACAGUUCACUGUGAGUUUAUUUGAGGCAUCACAGCAAAAAAAAAAAAACCUUUAGGAACCGUAGGAAAUGUUUUCAAAUGAUCCUGCAAUACAGUUAAAGAGCUUAUUGCCGCUCUCUGGGGAAUGAUGAAGCAGCUCCACACUCUCAAAUUACUAUAAUGUCGCACAAAGAAAUCUGAUACAUGGAAAUACAUGCAAAUUGACAUACAAGUUCAUAUUUGGGUUUAACAUAUGAAAAAUAUAUAUUGGGCGGCACGGAGGCUCAGUGGUUACCACUGUCGCCUCACAGCAAGAAGCUCGCUAGUUCGAAUCCCGGCUGAGCCAGUGGGCGUUUCUGUCUGGAGUUUGCAUGUUCUCCCUGUGUUGGUGUGGGUUUCCUCCGGGUGCUCCGGUUUCCCCCGCUAUCCAAUCACAUGCGCUAAAGGUAAAUAGAAUAAACUAAAUUGGCCUUAGUCUAUGAGUGUGUAUAGUAGGGUUGGGCGAUGUCGACCAAUUUGGCAUUGCACGAUGUCUAAUAUGAAACACGUCGUCGUAUGGUAUGGUAUGGUAUGGUAUCGUCGUCGUAGGCGGCAGUGAAUUAAUUGUUUAUGAAUAAUUAAUUGAUAACGAAUUAAUUAUUUGUAGCCCACCGUUUCAACUACUCGACCCGCAUGGUCUUAAUUUUACUCAUAACCAAAUCAUAAAUAAAUAAAGAGAAGUUACACACAAAUUAACACCUGUCAAUCUUUUUCCGCGGCACUCUUGCAUGAAUAGGCAGAGUGAUCUGUGUCGUUAUAAUGGCGACGACAAACUUGGUUGAUAAAAAAAGAUGCACAACCAACAAGAACCAACCAACAGUAUCUGAGCUUUUCGCUAAAAUAACUAAGUACAAGCGUGAAAGGGAAAGAUUGAAGCAAUGUACUGACCCGCUGACUGCCUGGACCCGCUGUCUCAAGUGCAUGACAGUGUGUGUGUAUGUGUGUGUGUGUGUGGUCACGUGAUGUGCGUUUUCAGUGGUAUAGUGUGGAAGGAAGCCUGUUCAGAAACGCUAGAUGAAACACCAGUGUGGAUGUGGAUCGUUUUCAUUCUAAAAUGCCAUUUUAAAACUAAGACGUAUUAGUGUAAACAGGGCCUGAGUGUGUGUUUUUCGUGAGCGGAUUUGCGCCGGGGCCGGGGCGGAGGAUCGUGAUGCCGGCUCAGCAUCGUGGUGUCUAUCGGCCAACGUCUAUCGGCCCAACCCUAGUGUUUCCUAAUACGUGGUUGCGUUUACAAAGGCAUCCGCUGCGUAAAACAUAUGCUGGAAUAGUUGACAGUACAUUCCACUGUGGUGACCUCUGAAAUAGAGUCUAAGCUGAAGAAAAAUGAAUGAAUGAAAAUAUAAAUCAUAUAUGUAACUUAUAUUUAGAAAUAUUGCAAAAUGGCUGCUGACAUAUCAUUGAAAUGCAAUUAAAUAUGUCCACACAUGUUCAUAAAUGGCCAUAUGAACACAUACAUAACAUUAUAGCUAAUUAUUUGAACAAUUAUGUAAAUCCAGUUGGUUAUAUUGUAAUAGAAUUCCAAUGGUUGGAAAAAAAAUAUGAAAGCAGCUAUUUUUGCAAUAUUGCAAUAUAUAUGUUGCACAUGAGGCAUCUAUUUCAUAUAUGUGAAAUCCAAAUAUGAACUUGUAUGUCAUAUAUGUAAUUUGCAAAUAUUGCCUGAUUUCUAUGAGGUACAACAUUUACUCAGUGGUUUUAUAGUGCAGUCACAUAUCAUUUUGGUUUGAUUAUAUACGAUUUGUAAUGUUGAGAAUCAUCUUGAAGCUGGUUGAUUUGGUGCCUUUUGAAAUUCCCAAAGAGCAAAUGAAUGGGAAAACUACUGCCAGGACCAAGACAAUUGCUGUUGUGCUCUGUUGUGUAUUUCUUCCAACUACUGAUUUGAUUUAUUUAUUAAAAAAUGCUGAUAACUCUAAUUCAAGAAUAACAAGGGGAAACAAAAUGUGUGAAUCUGGGUUGAUUGCAUCUUUGUUAAUGAAUGCUGAAUUUAUUCAGAAAAUAUACACCGAGCUUUGUAUCAUCUGAAAGAAUAGCUUUUUUUUAGUUUACACAAUGCAAUAUUUUCUUCUUUGAGAAAUUUCAUGUACGCUGCUAGUCUGGAAUAAUCACUUUUGCUGUAUAAUUAAGAAACUACUGACCACAAGCUUUUUGUAACUGGUUUAGUGAUGAAUCCAGACGUAGACUUUACACUGAAAAUAUUGGUAAGAGAGUUUAUUUUGUGAAAGAAUAUUUUUAUAUGAAUGUUUUAUUUAUACUUUGUCAUUUCUGAAAACCCAAUGCAUUCCAGUUGCAUUAUGAAAUCAUUGUAAUUUGACAAAGUUGGAGUGUGGAUGUUAAUUAUUAAAAUCAAGCUUGGAUCCAAUGAUGCAGAUGUGGUUGAAUUAAUGUGAACAAUUCCAUAACGCAUGACAAGAUUCCAGUUAUAAGCGAUUUGUUUGUCUGCACCAAACACCAAACACCAACGACAAAACAUUUA